GUCCACAUGGUGGCAGUAUUGGUCACUGUUUGCUAUUCUUUCUUGGAAAAAAGCAAAGGAAGACUUUCCCUUUCUGUGAUUGGACGAAGUACCAGCUGACCCCAAAGCAAGAGAAAGACGGAAGAAUGAUAAAUGUUUUUUUGCUUAUGUUUCGGUGAGGUUCUAGGCUCAGAAUGGCUUCUUACUUUGACGAACACAACUGUGAGCCCACCAACGCGGAGGAACAGUACCGGCAGAACGCUCUGCUUGAGCUGGCCAGGUCUUUGAUGCAGGGUUUGGACUUGUUUGACUCCGGGGCGUUAGACCUGUCAGACUGGGACCAGCGGCUUCCUCCACCAGCUGCUAAAACUGCCGUUCAGACCCUGACUGUGGUCAUCAUUUCAGCAGAACAAGCAGACAAAGGAGUCAAAUGUCCCGUGUGUUUGCUGGAGUUCGAGGAACAAGAAACGGUUCGAGAAAUGCCUUGCAAGCAUCUUUUCCACUCAAGUUGCAUCUUGCCGUGGUUGGGCAAGACUAACUCCUGUCCUCUUUGCCGACUUGAAUUACCGACUGACAAUCCAGAAUAUGAGGAGUUUAAAAAAGACAAGGAGAGAAGAAAACAGAGGGAGCACCGACUGGAGCACCUUCAUGGAGCCAUGUACACAUGAUGCCACCUCACUCUCCUGAAACCUUCAGAAAUGUACAAGCUGCACAAAGUUGAAAUCAUGACUUUCUCUUAUCUUUUAUAGUCACUUUGGCAAAAUAACUGAGCAUUGAGCGGCUCCAUUAAAAACAACCACAUUUGACCUGAUUGUCAAAUGUAACUUUUCAGUUUCCUGUGAUCGUGUGAACGCAACAGAUGUUUGAACGUUUCAAACGCUCUUAAAGUGUCGGCGCUCCAACGUAUUUUGUACUGAAAUGUGUGGUUUUCAGGUGCAUACAAUUAAAUCACAUUGUUUUUUGUUAACUCUCCUCAAAGAUCAUUUUGACUACAAUAAAACCAUUCCUUCUCUUUCUGCUUCA